CAAGUUCAUCUCUAUCUUUUAACAUGGUGAGCUUGAGCUUCUUGAACACGUCAUGACGUGAUUUCGAUCGUGAAUCUAGUUGCGUGGGGGAAUCACCGAUCACUGGAACCGCCGCAUGUUCUCAGGUGCCGUUUUCCGGUUUCAAUAGUCUCCACAAUCGAUCAUCAUCUUCAUCUGCUUUUUAUUCUUCUUCACUUUCAAUGGCUGCUCAAUCGGUCGGCGAAAUGGACGGCGGAAAUUUCCCUUCGGACCUCGCCUACCAGUCCGGCUUCAACAAUCAUUUCUCGUCGGAGGCGAUUCCCGGUGCUCUUCCUCAAUUGCAAAACAGUCCUCUGAUAUGCCCUUACGGCCUCUAUGCUGAGCAGAUCUCUGGCACUUCCUUCACAUCCCCUCGCAAGGUCAACAUGUGCAGUUGGCUGUAUCGGAUUAAGCCGUCGGUCACGCAUGAACCGUUUAGGCCUCGUUUGCCUAAAAACGAGAAGUUGAUAAGUGAAUUUAAUGCGUCAAAUUGUUCAUCGACUCCAACUCAGCUAAGGUGGAGACCGGCGGAUGUUCCUGAUUCACCGCUGGAUUUCGUUGAUGGUCUGUACACUGUUUGUGGAGCCGGCAGUUCGUUUCUUCGGCAUGGUUUUGCUAUUCACAUGUACACAGCCAAUAAGUCAAUGGAGAACUGUGCGUUCUGUAAUGCUGACGGCGACUUCUUGAUAGUCCCUCAGAGUGGAAGGCUGUUGAUUAUUACCGAGUGUGGAAGACUGGAAGUUUCUCCUGGUGAAAUAGUGGUUUUACCUCAAGGUUUUCGCUUUGUUGUUUAUCUGCCUGAUGGUCCAUCACGUGGCUACGUAGCUGAGAUUUUUGGCAGUCAUUUUCAGCUUCCUGAUCUCGGACCAAUAGGUGCUAAUGGUCUUGCUGCACCAAGGGAUUUUCUUGCCCCUGUAGCCUGGUUUGAAAAUAUUUCUCGGCCCGGUUACACAAUUGUGCAAAAAUAUGGUGGGGAAUUGUUUACUGCGAUACAGGACUUUUCUCCCUUUAAUGUAGUUGCCUGGCAUGGUAAUUAUGUUCCCUAUAAGUACGAUCUUAGUAAGUUCUGCCCUUACAAUACUGUGUUAUUUGAUCACAGUGAUCCAUCAAUAAAUACAGUAUUAACGGCACCAACUGAUAAACCCGGAGUAGCGUUACUCGACUUUGUCAUUUUCCCCCCAAGAUGGCUCGUCUCUGAACACACAUUCCGUCCUCCAUAUUACCAUCGCAACUGCAUGAGUGAAUUCAUGGGUCUCAUAUAUGGAGGCUACGAGGCAAAAGCUGAUGGGUUCCUUCCUGGGGGUGCCAGCCUUCAUAAUUGCAUGACUCCCCAUGGCCCUGAUACUAAAACAUACGAGGCCACUAUUGCUCGAGGAAACGAGGCUGGACCUUAUCGAAUCACCGACACAAUGGCAUUUAUGUUUGAAUCAAGUCUGAUCCCUCGCGUAUGCUCUUGGGCUCUGGAGUCUCCAUGCAUGGAUCAUGACUACUACCAAUGCUGGAUAGGAUUGAAAUCUCAUUUCACAAGUGAAGGAACAACUAGAGACAUGGAUCCACAGAAGGUAAAAACUGAUGUUGAAAAUGGAAGACAGACUGUGUAGAUAUAAUGUUGGAUGAACAUCAUGGAUUUCAUGAAAAGGUUUCCAUCCAAAGUCAUAUAAGAAUAAAAUUAUGAAUCUUAUAAAAAAUAAUAAUAAAUUAUGAUAAAAUGAUGAAUCUUCUUGC